CACAAGCAUUAUACGUACAGUUCUACUUGUGAACGUUUCGCUUUACAAAUCAGGAAUAAUAACAGAAUCCAGUGCCUUCUGUCGCGACGUAAAAAAAUAUUUUGGAACUUACAUUUAUAUAUACAAUUUAUGGCGGGAGCCAAAAUUCUACACUUAUAACCUGUUAAACUACUAAGAACAUGAUGCAGCUGUUUACGCAGCAAAUCCUCAACGAAACGCCACGCAGCAAUAUCACAUCAUUAAGCUGUCCCAUUCAAUCAUCACCAAACACAUCAUUAAGCUGUCCAACACCUGUUAUGCCAGCUAACUUGGCUAAAUCACCACAUCUCUGGACGAAAGAUGAGGUAGGGGCUUGGUUAGCAUGGUGUUCUGAGGAAUAUUCCAUAGAUUCUGUGAAUCCAGAACGUUUCAGCAUGAAUGGUCGUGCUGUGUGCCUCCUAAACAGAGAUGAUUUCAUGCAAAGAGCUCCAGAAGUUGGUGAUCUCCUCUAUAACACAUUACAGAUCCUUAUCAAACAGUCAAGUAAAAAUUUUAUUCCAUCCAUCCCACAAGUUCAUCCGUCACUCAUCAUUAUGCCAAGCAGUCCAACACUUCAAAAUGCACCAAAUCACCAUUUCAAUGUACCUAUUUUAUCUCCUAUUCAAUCAGCACCUUCAUUGUCAGUCCCAGAAUGCUACUCGCAAAACAUUCCAAACCUCAGAAAUGUUUCCAGUCCACCCAGCUGUACAGAUGGCGAAAGUGUACCAUCAGAAUCCAGUUCUGUUACAGACAACGAAGAUAUGGAAACACAAGAUCUCCAAGAAGCCGAUUCUAAAGAAAAUAACAACUUUGAAACAAAUUCAGAACCACAAAAUGGCAUGCAUACAACAAAGCGAGACUCAGAUUGUCGCUUGCUAUGGGAAUUCAUCUACCAUUUGUUAUUGAACAAAAAAAACAGCAGCUUCAUUUGCUGGGAAGAUGAACAACAGUAUAUAUUUCGAAUUGUUAACCCCCAUGGCCUUGCUGAAUUGUGGGGGGCACAGAAGAGCCGUUCAACCAUGACCUACGAAAAGCUUUCACGUGCCCUACGCUAUUAUUACAAAAUGGAUAUCAUCAGGAAAGUACCUGGAAAACGGCUGACAUAUCAAUUUAUGCACCCACCGAAAGACAUAAAGAAGGGUCAGCGUGGUGCCCGACCACAGUAUAAGACAGAUUCAUACAAUUCCAUGACAAAUUCUUCGUAUGUGAAACACCUGUCAUUGUCACAAGCCAAUGUAAACAACGUCUACCAGUUGAACCAACCAUCUCAUUUGAUGGAUAAUAUGGUACCGGAGAUUCGAGAACCUUCUGUAGACAAUGGUGUUAAUUGUCACACGAGCAAAACAGUCUCAAAUAACAUUGUUUUGCUGCCAUCUUCUCAAGAUUUAAAUGGCACAAAUUUUUUCACGAACUGCUCCAUGGUUGUUAAUGGUAAUGGAGAAGAUAAUUUACUGAUGAAAAAAAUAUCUCAGAUUUCCGUGGAAAACUCAACAAAACCGUCAAAUCUUAACGAAUCAAGGCCAAAAUUUAUCCUUCCAAAUCCAGACUUUAUAAAGAGGUCUUCCUCUCCUUCCGUAAUCCCAGCCGUUCCGAGCACACCAUCCCCAUCACUGCCAUCGCUAAUGACUAACACAAGCACCAGCCCCAUCACCACUACUACUCCCAUCACACCCACCACCUUAACGAUACCCGUUACAUCAGCUACAACAACAGAAACCAAUAACAAACACACAGAUGGCGCUAUGGUGCCAUCUAACUUCAUCCAUCCGGCAGACAUAAAAACAGAAAGUUAUUAUGAACAGUACAGUAGUAAAAUUAGUCCACAGAUGAACGAAUGCCACAAAGUAACUUCACCGAACUGGUCGUUAGGUAUCAAAAUCAAAGAACAGGAUGAACCACAAGAUUUAUCAAUGAGAACUUUACAAAAACACAAUAUGGUUACCUCGGAAUCGGCCUAAAAUUGAACAUCAUCAUUAUUAUUAUUAUUAUUAUUAUUAUUAUUAUUAUUUGUUAUUUCUUUUUGUAUUGUGUUAUUUUUUUCACCUGUUUUGAAUCCAACUUUGGAUCCGUUUCCGUUAUCCACAGACUAAAUAACCAAGAAGGACAGUGAAAGAGAAAUCCCUCCCAACAAGUGAGGGUCUUAAUCAGAGAGAAAGGGCAGGCCAAUAAAUGUGGAUCAUUUUAC